GACGUUUGCUGUCGUGGCGUUGGAAGAGAAAGAAAGUUGUUAGUCGCCGUUCGUGUCGCAGUUGCUGAGAUUUAGUUUUUUUUAAAUUUUCAAUUAAAACUACAAAACAUUCACCUCACCAUGUAUCGUCAAAUGUUUGCGCUCUGUCUGGUUGCCGCUGUGUGUGCAACCGGCGCUUAUGGCAGCUGCAAGGCCACUCUGAGCGCCUUCAGCACACAGGAUGCCACAAUUCUCACCCAGUUGGCGCAUGUUGCUGAAUUCACGCUGCAGUGCAGCAACUCUGCACAGCCCAGUCUAUUUGCUGAGUUCCCCUGCGGUAAAGUGGUGCCUGUUGCCAAGGUGGGCGACAGCAAAUACCAGGUGAGCUGGGUGGAGGACAUCAAGCAGGGCAGCAGCGGCAAUGUGCAGGUGCGUCUCUUCGACGAGGAUGGCUAUGCUGGUGUGCGCAAGGCGCAGCGUGAUGGCGACAAGGUGUCUUCGGUUAAGUCUCUGCUCGACAUCACUGUGCCCACCAAGGGCGCUUACAAGGGACCCUGGAUCAAGGCCGAACUUCUGGCUGCCUUCCUUGUGGGCGGCGUGGCAUACUUCGCCUUCUCCACCAAGAGCAAAGUGCAGUCCUAAGGUCGCAUGACGCGCUUCCAUUUCUUGAAUGAAAUUCAUUCACCAUACCAAGUAGUAAACAAAAUGAACGACAUUAUUAGCGAUUCCAUCAUCCGCUCAUUAUAACAAUACACCCCAUUUCCUAGAGAUUUUCCAACACACUUUCGUGUAAAUAAACAAAAAGAAUCAAAAACCAA